AGCCUUGGCUCGAGCUUACCCUCAGCGCUAAUCCCCGCGUCUGAGGUGGAUCAUUUGUUAGAUCCGUCAGGUACUAGCUGCGUACAGAAAUGUACGCAUUACUUCUCCUUACUAGCGCCGGCCUGGCAGCAGCUGAAACGGCGGUUGCGCCGUCCCUCAUGCAGUCCAGGCUGCGAGGUGCCAAAACUAGCCAAGCCACCGAGGCGAUGUCACCCUCGAAGUCAUUUGCGUCCGCGGUGAUGGGUCAGCGCUACAGCGACGAUGAUGCUUCCUGCUCAGCUGAAGGCAUUACGCCUGGGGUUUGCGCGUUGGCAUCCUUGGCACGGUUGUCAUCCGAAUCUUCAUCUACUGGCAAGGUCGCCGAUUGCGACAAGCAAGAAAGCCGAGACAGGCUGGAGCGUGCGCUGAUUGCCGAGAUCGAGUCCGCAGCGGCGGGCAACCACACUGGAAUCGACGCGGCCCGCUUGCAAAAGCUUGAGGAGGAAUUGAAGCCGAUCUAUGCCACCUUGCCACGGGAGAGCUCGCCUUCGGGCGAGGGAGGCCUUGGGUAUGCAUCAGCCCGGUAUUUGCUUCAUCAGCACUUCCUGCGGCAACACGCGUGGUACGUGCGAGGCCUCAACCCCGCAGGAGAUGGCCGGAAGCCUCCGGAUGACAAGGAGGUGCUUCGCAGCCGAGUGGCUGGCCAUCUCCUCGAGGUCAUGGAGAACAAGGCGCGGCAGGGUCUGGACCUGAAGAAGCUGGCGGUCUUCGUGGCCACCUUGGAGCACCUGAUCCACGGGGACCAGCGGGAGCGUCUGAAGCAGGCCUGGCUGGUGCACGACCUCAAGCCGGAGGACAGCACCGACCUCGCAGGCCUCGAGAGCGUCUUGGAGGUCUUUAUGGCCCACUAUGUCUACGUGAGCCAGAAGGUGGACAGUGGGUACGCGCUGACGCUCGCGAAGGCACGGGAGGAGGUGGCCACGAUCUCUCGCAUCUAUGGAGGUUGGCCGCAGAUCCGCACCUUCAUACAUGACCAGGUGGCGCAGAAGCCGGCGGGCAGCAGUCUCAGCUUCGAGGAUGCAGCGGGCGCAGCAGACGCCGUGCUGCUCCUAUUCCAGGAGGUAUCUGGGGCCAUGUGCCACGAUAUGGAGAGGACCUUUCAGUCUUUGAAUGGCGGGGAUGUGGGCCGCGUGCGCCUGGCCGAGCUCCGUGCCGCCGACGGAGG